AUGAGUAUUGUGAAUUUAAUGAAGAAACCUCUUUUAAAAUGGAAUAAUAUAUUCUCACUAUCAUAUAUUUCAAAAAGAAAUUACUAUAAUAUAAGUACUUUAAGUAAUUUAAACAAGUAUAAUAAAAGAAAUAUUCUUACUUCAAGAGAAAACAGCCAUUUUAACAAAUGUAACAGAAAUUUAUUUGAGGAAGAAUUAAAUAAUAUAUUUAAACAAUAUCCUGUUUCUGAAGAAAAAAGUGAAAAAAAUGAAGAAAUAUUAAUAACAAGUAAAAACAAUGGAGAUAAAAAAAUUGGGGAUGUGAUAAAAUUAGAUAAUUACAUAUAUGGAGUAGUAUUACAAAUAAAUAAAAGCAGUAUUAUAAUUGGUAAAAUAUAUGAAAGAGAACAAAAGAACACCAAUGAAAAAUGUAUAGAAGUACAAAAGAAAAAUAUAUAUUCUCCCUUUGAAUAUUUAAAUUCCCUAUUUCCAAAUAGUAAUAAGUUGAAUAUAUUUAAUUCUAAUAACAAAGAAGUAUAUAAAAAAGUUGUAAAAAAGCAAUUAUAUAGUGAUAUAUUAUUAAUUGAUUUUUUUAAUAAAAUAAAAUUUGGUCAGAAGGUUUGUGUCAUAGGAGAGAAAGACUUCGGAAAAAAAAAGAUAUUAAUAUCAGUUAUGUAUGAAAAUUUAUUAGUUAAUACAAUUAAAAAAAAUGAGAAUUUUUUUAUAUUAUGCUCAAAUAGUUAUAAGUCUGAAAUCAUGAAUAUUUUUUGUGAUUUAAAUGAAUUAUUCAAAAAUACUUAUAAGAAUAAAAAAGAGGGGAAUAACAGAGAUACGGAAAAUAUAAUAGAACAAAUUUACUCAAAAAAUUAUAUUUAUGAAAAUAUAAAAAUACCAAAUGAUGUAUUAUUAAUAAAUUCAACACCAAAUAAUGACUCAAAAGUAUCAAGCUAUAUUUUACCUAUCCUAUCUUUAUAUAAUUUGAAUGAAUAUAAAAAAAAGUUUAAAAAUGUAAUAUUAGUUUUUUAUGAUAUAAAUAAUUAUCAUAAAAUUCUUUUAGAUUUGCAGAAUGAUAUGAACACAUUUAUAAAAAAUUAUUAUCAUAAAAAUGAAGAAAUAAAUAAAUCAAAAUCAUUAUGUAUAGCUUCUUUACCUUUCUCAAUUCAGACAAUUCUUUCGAAAUAUUUUUCGUCAUCUUCAUACCCAUAUUAUACACAAAAGGAUGAGGAUUUGCAAGAGCAGGAUAACAUUAACAAUAGUAAGUACUCAUUAGAGAAUUUUAAAUACUCUGACUUAAUAAAUAUUAUUGAACAUAAAAAUUAUAACACAUCAAAUAGUGUAACUACAUUUUGUUUUUUUGAUAACGAUGAAGAAAUAAAUCAAAUAAAAAAUUAUGCAUUAUCACUAAGUGAGAAUAACGUUUAUUUAUUAAAAAAUAAUUUAAAUAUAUAUCCAGAAAUUAAUAUAAAUUAUUUUAUUAAAAAUGAAAUUGCUGAGAGUAAUAAAAUUUGGAAAGCAAUUAAAGAUGAAAUAAGAAACAUAUUUGAUAAAAGAAAUGAACUACUUACAUUAAUAGAAAAUAAAAAAAUGAUGAAAAUAUAUGUAGAUCAUUGGGAAUAUGAAGAUUUUAUUCAUUAUAAUAAUAUUUACUACAUAUUAAUUUAUAAAAGUUUUAAAAUAUUUAAUUUAAAUUCAUUUGAGAAUCUCGUCUUUUUGAGAAAUCUUUUAAUUUAUAACUUUACAAACGAAGUUAUAUCACAAAAAAGUGUUGAAUCAUAUUAUGAACAAUUUUUUAAUUAUUAUUUUCAAAAUUUUAAAUAUUUCUCGUUUUUAUAUUCUGAAUAUUAUAAAAAUUUGAAAUCAUUUAGACAAACAAAAUAUGCUAUUAUAUUUCUUAAUAAAAUUGAUAAAGUCAUAAAAAAUAUUAAGCCAUCUUUCAAUUAUGUUUUAUAA